AUGUCUACUUCCCCUGCUUCAAUAUUACAAGUUCUUAAUGAGAAUGAAACAAACACCAAUAAUUCUACAUACCACAAUAACAAGAUUUUUGUUGGGGGUCUUCCUAAUGAAGUUAAUGAAACAGACCUUACAGAAUAUUUUAACACUUUUGGUAAUGUUAUAGAGACCAAAAUAAUGUGUGAUGUGUCGAGUGGAAAAAGAAGAGGUUUUGGGUUUGUGAGUUUUGGUACAGAAGAAACUGUGCAAGAGGUAUUGAAAACCACUUUUCACAACCUCAAGAACAAGCGAGUGGAGGUGAAGAAGGCCAUUAAAGAGCAACCCCGUGAUGUUAUUCCACAAAAUAACACCUACAACAAUAACAAUAUUACUAUCCGCAACGGCAGCAACAGUACAAACUACUACAACAACAACAACACUAAUUGGCCUUCCAUUACUCCCAGCCAGUUUCCUAAUCACCCUCAGCCUCACUCAUAUCCUCAAUCCUACCCAUAUAGGUACCCAUAUCCAUAUCCAUACCCAUACCCAUACCCAUAUCCAUACCCGUAUCCAUACCCAUACCCACACCCAUAUGAUCAUGGAAACUAA